AUGCCAUUCCUACAUGCUGACAAAGGGAAACUGUCUGCAUCACUUAAAGGCCUAGAGGCCUUUGAGGACUCAGAAACGGUGGCUUUCCUAUUUGAUCCUCUACCUGAUCGGACACCGUCCAUGGAGCGGCGUACCCAGAGGCUGAACCAGGAGCUACUCUCGGGGACCAGAAAUAUCGGGUCCAUGCUUCAGUGGCAGCCACAAAUCAAAAUGGCGGUGACGGUGGAACUCGAGACCAUGCCGACUGGUGCAGGUGUGACGCAGCCUGACCAGGCCUCUGAACAGGUACCUCACCCUGCAGGAGACACGGAGGGAUCAGCCCCGGUCAUACAACGUGACUUUCGCAAUCUGGUCACAGAGAUUAAAGGCCUAUUAGCAGCCGAUGUGGUAGUAAUAAAAGCUGAUUUACAAUCUGUAAUGGACAGAGAAACAGAAUCAGAGGGCGACAUUACAGACCUCAAGAUGGGCCUGUCGUCCCUAAUUGACACUACAAGCUAA